UGAUGUUUUGGGUGGAGACCCCUCAGUCUGAAGAACGGUCUCGAUUUGAAACGUCACCCAUUCCUUCUCUCCAGAGAUGCUGCCUGUCGCGCUGAGUUACUCCAGCAUUUUGUGUCUAUCUUUUAUCUUAUAGAUAGGACAGUCAGAACCUUGUCCCCAGGAUGGUAACAACAAAUACUAGGCGGCAUCGUUUUUGUAAACCAGCAUCUGCAAUUUCGUGUUUAGUUUUUUAGCUUUAUGGUGAGUGGGACAUAGUUUAAAGGAGACCCAGUGUGGUUUACAUAGUGGGUGGUGGGUGCCUGGAACGCACUGCCAGGGGUGGUGGUGGAGGCAGAUACGGUAGUGGCGUUCAGGAAGAUUUUGGAUAGGCACAUGCGAAUGAAGGGGAUGGAGGAUUGUGGAUUAUGUGUGGGCACUAAGAAUUUGGCUUGGAAUCAUGUUCGGCACAGACUUGGUGGGCCGAACAGCCUGUUGCUGUGCUGUACUAUUCAUUGGGUGGGGAGGAACUACACAAUGCUUGUUUUCACCGAAGUUAGACACAAAAAGCUGGAGCAACUCAGCGGGUCAGACAGCGUCCCCGGAGAAAGGGAAUAGGCGACGUUAAGGGUUGAGACCCUUCUUCACACCCGUACUGUACUGUUUUCUAUGCUCAAUGUUCCCCGGUAAAAAGCUACGCCGCCGGCCUUUCUCCGGGUUCUAUGGGUCGAAGAAAUUGACACGUUUUGGGAAAGAAACGAUGAUCACGCGGAUUGCCGAGAGCGAAGGAGAGCUUCAUCCCCGUGUAGCGAACGCGGAGAUUGGUGCUGCGAGUGCGAGCAACCUUCCCCAAACAAUGAAGGAUUCGCUCAGUGGUCUCAGAAGCCCGAGCAGCCAAUCUUCACAAAGCGCCGCGCUUCACUCGCCCUUCACUGGGUGGCUGGCUGUGUGUUCACAAGCCCUUCACUCCUGAGACGGCGUUUAGCUGCGGAUUUCCGUGCUUUAGAACCGCCGGGGCGAUUUGUCACAUCCGAACAUUGUUGGCCCCAGUUUAUUUAGGAGAAAUAACCUAUUGAACCAAGGCCACGUUGGAAUUCGCUCAACCCUAGCUACCAUCAAACCAGGUUUCCAAGGAUUAACAGCCGUAUUGCUGCCUUCGUUUCAAGAGGAAAAUGACCGUACACGUCGAUGGGAUCGUAGCGAUCGUUAUCUUUUACAUGUUGAUCUUAAUUGUUGGAUUAUGGGCUGCUUGGAAAAGUAAAAACUCGCCCACGUUAGGGGCCAUGGAUCGGAGUGAAGCCAUCAUGAUCGGAGAAAGAGAUAUCGGAUUGCUGGUCGGUGGCUUCACUAUGACCGCGACCUGGGUUGGCGGUGGAUAUAUCAAUGGCACGGCGGAAGCGGUGUAUGUCCCUGGUUACGGAUUGGCGUGGGCACAGGCUCCAUUCGGAUACGCGCUCAGUUUGGUUGUAGGAGGCUUAUUCUUCGCCAAACCCAUGCGCUCACGGGGUUACGUGACCAUGUUGGACCCCUUUCAACAGAUCUACGGCAAGCGAAUGGGAGGACUGCUCUUCAUACCCGCUCUCAUGGGAGAAAUGUUUUGGUCUGCAGCCGUGUUGUCCGCUCUAGGUGCAACCUUGAGCGUGAUUGUGGACAUCAACAUUAAAUUAUCAGUGAUUAUUUCCGCCGUGAUCGCUAUAUUCUACACUCUGAUCGGCGGAUUGUACUCGGUCGCGUAUACAGACGUCGUCCAGUUAUUCUGCAUCUUCUUGGGUUUGUGGAUCAGCAUUCCUUUCGCCAUGCUACACCCUGCAGUCACAGAUAUUGCCAUAACUGCAAAUCAUGAAGUUUACCAGGCCCCUUGGUUGGGAACGAUAGAUCCGAAGGACAUUUUAAUCUGGAUGGACAACUUCCUGCUGCUGAUGCUGGGUGGAAUCCCGUGGCAGGUAUAUUUUCAGCGAGUCCUUUCCGCUUCCUCUGCUACCUAUGCACAAGUGCUGUCCUUUCUGGCUGCCUUCGGCUGUAUUGUCAUGGCCAUCCCGUCUGUUCUAAUUGGCGCAAUUGGAGCAUCCACCGAUUGGAAUCAGACAUCCUAUGGUUUGCCUGACCCUAAAAGCGAGAACAAGACAGAUAUGAUUUUGCCAAUAGUGCUGCAGCAUCUGUGUCCUUCCUACAUAUCCUUUUUCGGUCUUGGUGCUGUCUCUGCUGCAGUGAUGUCAUCGGCUGAUUCUUCUAUUUUAUCAGCAAGUUCUAUGUUUGCUCGGAAUAUUUAUCAUCUUGCUUUCAGACAAGAGGCUACAGACAACGAAAUCGUGUGGGUAAUGCGGAUCACCAUAUUCCUAUUUGGAGGGGCUGCAACAGCAAUGGCAUUGCUGGCUGACUCAAUCUAUGGCCUCUGGUUUCUCAGCUCAGAUCUUGUCUACGUUAUUAUAUUUCCUCAGUUAAUAUCAGUGCUCUUUGUCAAGGGAACAAACACGUAUGGGUCCAUUGCUGGAUAUAUCAUUGGCUUUUUGCUUCGAAUUAGUGGUGGUGAACCAUAUUUACACAUGGAGCCAUUUAUUUGUUACCCUGGAUGCUAUUUAGAGCAUUCCUUUGGAGCAGACCCUGUCUAUGUUCAAAGAUUUCCCUUUAAAACAAUGGCAAUGUUAUUCUCCUUCUUGGGCAAUCUUGGUGUUUCAUAUCUCGCCAAGCACCUAUUCGAAAGUGGAAUAUUGCCUCAAAAAUUCGACUUCCUUGACAGCGUUGUGGCACAACACAGUAAAGAAAACAUGGAAAAAACCUUAUUGGUGAAUCAUGACAAUAUUACUUUGUCAGAGCUGGUACAUGUUAACCCAAAACACAGUGCUUCAGUUAAUGCUUUCACCAAUAAGGAAGCAUUUGAAGACACUGAGCCAAUCCCCGAAUUUUCUAAAUCAGAAAAUGAUUGAUGCUAAAUCCUUCAUCUUUACAGUGUGCAGUGCAAUUAUAGGCAAUCAAGGGCAGUACAUUAACAAUAUUAACUAAGGGAGCAUUUUAGCAGGUAUCAAUAUUUUUAGCAAAGAAAAUUGUCUAUAUCAGUGCUUUACUGAUGAUUGUUCCCUUAAAUACUGUUGUACAGUAUUGUUUUAAUUCACACAUGUGAAAUCAAGUUGAGCUAUAAUUUUUGAAUCUCAAUAUAUUGUGGACUCUAGCUACUUCUCUGUUGGCACAGUACAGAUAACUAAUGCCAUCAUUUAUGUGAAGAGUGUGGUAUUGUGUGGCUUUAUGUAACUGGUGUUAGGAAUUCAUUGCUGCUAUGGUUUCUCCAAUGAAAGAAUUAGACUCAGCAAGUCCUGAUCUCAACUAUUGUUGAUGCAAUUUAAUUUGUCAUUUAUUAUCCCAUCUACCAGCACCUAAACAUCUUCAUGCACGUUCAAAGAUAUAUAAAUAUAGAUGGACCAUAAGAAGUCAAUUAUUACUUUAUUGUUUGUAACUGAUCAAAUAACAAAAUAUUUAAUGACAUUCCCAAUCAGUACUCUUUCCUUGAUUAAUCAUUCAGUCAAUAAUUUGGAUUCGCUUUCGUCAUAUUUGGGGGAAAUUAAUAAAGACAAUCUUGAAACUUUAUUUCUCAUUAAAUAUAACCAAAAUAGAAUAUAUGCAUGCAAUCUACAUUUUCAAAUAAAUAUAAUGAAUAAAUGUAAUUAAUCUUUAGGAUAAAACUAACAAUUUAUUUAUGAAGGUAGACACAAAAUGCUGGAGUAGCUCAGCGGGACAGGCAGCAUCUCUAGAGACAAUUUUGUGUCUACCUUCAAUUUAAACCAGUAUCUGCAGUUCUUUACUACACAAUUUAUUUAUGAAACCAGAUAGAGUUUAACAUUAUUUGCACCUUAGACAUCUGCAAUACCAAUGAAACUAUAAUUCAGAUGACUAUUACUGUUGUAAUUAUGAAGAUUGUUGUUCAAUUAAAAAGCAAUCCAAUAGAUAUCUAAAAAUUGAAGGCCAGACAUUUUCCUCAAAAAACAAUAACUUUUUUUCUGAGGCUGGAGGGAUUUAAUGCAUAAGAUAUUUAUUUAAAUUUGUUUUCUUCUUAACACUAAUCAAAUAAAAUAUUUCAAAUCAAGUGCUGUAAAUGUAAUGCAAGAUUUAAAUUUCCAUAUAUUUUUAUAACGUGUUAAUGCUUAAUGGAAGUAUGUUUUGUGUUAUUUGGACAUGGGGUAGAGUACAGCAUGUAGAUGCAUUUUCACCUGGUAGGUGAUCAUAUUUUUAUUUUUUGACAGUAUAAUUUGGUCAUCUUUCAACCGCUAGGGGCUAAAUUCCUCAAGAUUUGGUGCAGUCUUGGAUAGCUACUCCAAAGGGAGUCCAUUAGACAACUUGGAAAACAAUUCAGACUUUGUCCAAAUUAGUGUUUGCUUUUUUUUCCAACUUUAUGACUUUGUUGUAAGUGGUAACAAUUGUUGAGGAGCUGGAGUCUAGAGCUGACACGGCAAGUCACUACUCUGAGUGGAAUCACACAGAGCUCCAUUAGGGCAAACAUAAAAUAUAUGUAUGAGGUCCAUGCCAAACUGUGUAAUGAAUUGACUCCAACCUGAACCUGAUGUUUCAAAAAUGAAUGGUCAGUGCUCAUCCUGAAGCUGUGCAGCAGGUAGCAGGGGUGGUAGGAUGUGGAGUGCAAACCCUGAAUGACAACAGCAUUGGGGCAAAUGGGCACAGAUCUUUCUGCAAACUUAGUUUGGUAAGAUCAUUAGUUUAGAGAUACUGCAUGAAUCAGAGCCUUUGUCCAUCCAGUCCAUGCUGACUAUCGAUCGAUCAGUGGUCCACCCUAGUUUUAUGUUAUCCCACUUUCUCAUUCACACCCUGCACACUAGGGUCAAAUUUUACAGCGCCAAUUAACCUACAAACGAGCACAUAUUUGGAAUGUGGGUGGAAACUGGAGCACCCAGAGGAAACCCAUGUGAUCAGAGAGAGAACGGGCAAACUCCACACAGAAGGUACCCAACAUAAGGACCAAACCCAGGUCUCUGGUGUUGUGAGGCAGCAUCUCUACCAGCUGUGCCACUGUGCCACCCUAUUCUAAUGCUGCCCUAUCAUGCUCUAAUGAAUUUUGAUUCACUAACUCCAUGAAUUGUACGGGAAAGUAUCUUUAUUGUGAACUCAUAAUGCCUGGGCAGUAAUUUCUCCAGUUUACUUUUGAGAUCAUUUUGAGUGACAUAAAUAGCAUUCAUUAAGUAUAAAGCCCAUUUAUUUUCUCCCUUCGGUACAUUAAAAUUUCCCUGUUGAAUUUCGGUUCAUGUGAUGUUCAUAGCUCAUUUUUUUGAACUAGACUGACUCUAAAGUUCUUUAUGGUUUGCAAAUUUGCCAAUGUGCUGGAGUAACUCAGCAGGGCACGUAACAACUGUGCAGGACAUGGAUCUGUGACAUUUCAGGUCAGGACCCUUCUUCAGACUGAUUAUAGAUGGGGAGGAAGCCGUAAAAGAGGUGGGGGCAGGACAAAGCCUGGCAAGUAAUAGGUGAUACAGGUGAAGGGGGGUUUGUUUAGCAACAGAUUGGACAAAAUCUCGACAUGAAAAGAAGGCAAAUGGAUGUCAGAUAAGGAGGAGAGGAGUGAAAUGUAAAUGGGUGGGAGGAAAAGGCAAAGUGGGAGAAAUGGGUGCGCACCAGGGUGGGGUACAUGAAAAAGAUGGGGAAAAAAGAGGGGGUUGCUACCUAAGCGUGGAAAAUUCAAUGUUCAUGCCAUUGGAUUAUAAUCUACCCAAGCAUAAUAUAAGGUGCUGCUCCUGCAGUUUGUGUGUGGCUUCACUUUGGCAAUGGGGGAGGCCCAGGGCAGACACAUCAGUAUGGGAAUGAGAGGAGAGUUAAAAUGGUUAAUAACUGGGAGAUCCAACAGGCCUAGGUGGAUCGAGUGCACGUAUAUGCCAAAACCGUUGCGUUUUCUACGCAUAGUCUCGACAAUGUAAAGGAGGACACAUCAGGAGCACUGAAUCCAUGUUCUCCAGAGAUGCUUUGACACACUGAGUUACUCCUGCACUUUGCUUUUUGUUUGGUAAACCUAGCGUCUCUUCCUUAUAUUUUCGAAAUUAAUGUAUUAAUGUAGAUCUAUGCAAUACUAUCUAUGUCAUUGGGCAAAACCAUUCACAUAGAUGACAUAAAAGAUCAGAUGCAUUUCUAGCACAGGGGCAAUUAGAUGCAUUUCUAGCACAGGGGCAAUGUUGCUCUUUCAAAAAGUGUGGGCUUAUAUGCCCCAAAUUGUCAUCUUUUAACAUCAUUCAAAUUUACCAAUGAUUCUAUGGUACAGGUCCACCACUAAUUUUCAGGCACCCUUGAUUCUAGAGCCUUGCUGGCUUAUCUGUUUUGCUGGCCCAACGGAGGUUGCAGCCUCUGAGAGGAGUCGAACAGUUCACCAAGGCCGAUGGGUGGGCCGAGAUAGUCGGCCUCGGAAGUCGGCUAUGGGAAUGGAUCUGUCGGCUCCGGCCAGGCUGGAUUUCCAGACACCUAGCCGCAGGUGGCAAAUUCAACCCGCUGAUUGGAUGUCCUGCCGCGGAUGUCCCUCACCUAGCCCAGGUGCCACAUUUUCGAGUGGGCUUUUGGAGGGGGAUUUCCAGUGCCAUGUCGAUAUUGGGCCGGGUUCCAUUAGUUGAUGGAAAAUCGGUGGUGGACCCGUAUUUCAUUUAACAAUUGAAAUUCAGGAUUAUUGCUAAGAUUUGAAGUAAUUAUUUUAACUUUUUAUGGUAACUAUUUAAUUUCACUGUGAACAGAACUUUGUGGGGGUUUGGUAGAAGACCCUGCUUUUAGUUAUGGAGACUUGAUAUUCUAAGAGGUAAGGAAUGUAUUUAGCCUGUGCCAAUCAUUAUAGUAAAGCACUAUAGGAAUUCUAUUUGUGGCUAAAGACUGAAAAGUGGGAUGUGGCAGAUAUUCCUUGUUCAAUGCAUUUGAAUGGGGAUUGAGAUACAAGAACAAAAUCAAAUGUAGGAUAAAUCACAUGAUAUGCAAAAUGCUAGUUUUUAGAUUACCUUAGCUAUGUAAAGUGGUUAUAAGCUAAAUAAAGGGUUCAAAAUGACAAUGCCUGUAGUGUACAAGGAACUUCGUUUUUGCAAAAAAAUGUUUUAGUUAUUUGUCAAUAUAAUUCAUAAUUUUGCCUUUAAUUUGCAAAAAUACUUAAUCAGAUGUAUUGAUGUGUUGACAUAUAUAAAAUAUGCCUCAGAUAAAUCAUCACACCAUGUUGUGAAUGUAUAGUGUAUAUACACAAUGUAUAUUUGUGUCUGUAUCAAGGUUGUUGGCUGAGGAUUCAAUCAAACACACGGAUAAAACUUUAUUUGCCUAUUUAUAAUUUUUAGGAAUAUCAUAGAACUUAAAUGUGUUUUUCAGAAAACAGACUGUGAAAUAUGUUCCUUGUCUUCCUUACUUUCAGAACAGUAGCUAUUAACAAAUUGUCUAUUUCUGUUGUUCAUUAUGCAAAGCGAAUAAAAUGAAUCAUGUGAUUUAAAGAUUGCCACUCUUUUAA